GUUGGUCAACUCAUGAAAAUGCGUGAACCAUGAUUAGUAUUAAAAGACUUCAACAAGUAAUUGAGUCUUGGUUUCAACAAUAACAAAUAAAAAUGUUCUUGAAAUCUGGGAAGAGUAGUUUAAGUUUAAUCAACUCUUGCUUAUAAUCGUGGCUGCUAAGGAAGACGAAGGCCAACAAAUGGAAAGAUCUACGGGCUCUAAUAUGCAGAUUCAAGGACAAAGAACUCAAUCCACAGCCAUUGUUAAGGUACAACAAGAACCAAGCAUCAAGAUAGAACCAACUGUGGGGGGGCAGCUCCUCAGGAAGCUCUUUCAAAUCAUUUUCUUCGUUCAAUUGUUCCUCGUCUCCAUCUUAGUUAUCGUCUUAACUAUCCGUGGCCUGAUCUACGCCGGCAGUACCGAUCGUUUCCACCCCAAGAAAUGGUACCCUCCACUUCUUGUUUCAACGGCUUCUGCUGGCAUCGUUUCUUUUAUAUGGCAAUCCAUCACUUUCCACUGUCCAUCAAAGGCCAUCAAAACUGUCUUCUGGUUUACGCCCCUGCUAACAUGUGCUGUCGGUGUGCUCCAUAUACUGAUUGGAUCUCCUCUAAGUUUGGCAGCAGGUACAAUUGCAAUCCUUUCAGGCGUCAUCCAAUCCCUCUAUGCCUGUUGGGUGAAUUCCAGAUUUGACUAUGCAUCCAAGAUCCUCACAGUUUCCACAUCUGCUCCACCUUAUAACACCACUACAUUUGUCAUUGUUUCCAUCAUAACCUGUUUAGUCUACUCCUCUUUCUCGGUGACCGGAAUCGGAGGAGCAACCGCCACCGGAACCAGCUUAGACAUCGCGUUCAUCGUAGUCAUCCUGCUUUCCUUCUUAUGGAGUAUGCAAGUGAUCAAGAACAUGCUGUAUGUCACAAUCUCACGAAUCAGAUACAUGAAUUUUGCUUGCGGAGUCGAUAUCAACACUCGGGCGACUUUCCAUGACACGGUCAAGCAUUUUGUAGGAAGUGUAUGCAUAGGUUCAGCCAUUGUUCCGGUUAUCGGAACAAUUCGCGGUUCAGCCCGUGCCAUAAACUUGGUUGCAGGGGACAACGACGAGUUUUUGUUCUCAUGUGCUGACUGUUACUCAGGGUUUGCCUCAACGCUGAUCACAUAUGGGAAUCGUUGGGGAUUUGUUCAUGUAGGUGUUUAUAACAAAGGCUUCAUACAGGCAUCGGCUGAUACAUGGGAAAUGUUCAAAAGGGUAGAACUGAUAUCAUUGAUCGAUUCCGACCUAACCGGGGUGUUCUGUUUUCUCUCCGGGGUUGCGGUGGGUUCAAUAUGCGGCAUCGUGGGAGGAACAUGGGAGCUCAUAAUCCACAAGGGCUAUGCCACUGAAGUGUCCAUCUAUGCUUUCUUGAUCGGCUAUUUCAUGUGUCGGAUAGCAUUGGCCUGGCAACAAGCGAGUGUUUCAGCAUACUAUGUUUCUUAUGCGGAGAACCCUCAAAGCCUUCGGUUUGAUGCAACAAUCCCAGUUCGCAUUGAACAGCUUCAUAGGUUUCAAGUUUAACCGUGACUGACUAAAAGAUACAUAACAUCAUUCGUAUGUAAAAUGUUACCAAUUUUGGGGAGCCUGUAUAGUUUAGUUGCACUUCUUCUCUGUAAAUUCCAUACAUUACUGUUUCGGGCUUUAAAAAAGAUGAGGUAAAUAUCAAGUGGAAUAUGUUCUCAUUAGAGACCCAAAAGAAAGCAGAUUGUUCUGCCAAGUUUGCAGCAUAUCAUUUUCACUGUAAUAAAAGUAUAUGCCUAAUAAAGUUAGUUUCCAUUGCUA